UUUGUUCCCCCCCCCAACCUCCCCAGGGAUGGAAGCUUCUUUGAUUGACAGCUUGCCUUGAGCGCUGUUACGUAAGGGGAGGGACGAGCGCGGCCCCACCCGAGCGGCGCUGAUUUGAUUGGCAGGCCGGAGCACCGACCCCCAGCACCUCCCGGAAGCACGUCCUUGAUGGACAGCGAGAGAGCCACUCGGCAUGGGUGUCCGAGCGGAAGGUCCCAGGCUGGGGGCGUGUCCAGGGCGUGUCCCGCCGAGGGCAGGGCGGGGCGGGGCGCUGCGGGAGAGGAGCGGCAGGGGCCGGCCUGCGCUGCGGCCGGAGAUGCUGUCGGGUCGCGGUGGCGCUCGGCCGCCGGAGCUCCGCAACGAGGGCGUCCAGCGAGCUGAAGGCGAAGAGAAGACAUUAGCCGGGGAUGGGAAAACCAGUCCUCCACGAACUGCACCCAAAAAGCAGCUGCCAUCUAUUCCCAAAAAUGCUCUGCCCAUAACGAAGCCUACAUCUCCGGCCCCAGCCGCACAGUCAACAAAUGGCACCCAUGCUUCUUAUGGACCCUUCUACCUGGAAUAUUCGCUGCUUGCAGAAUUUACAUUGGUAGUGAAGCAGAAGCUACCAGGCGUCUAUGUCCAGCCAUCGUAUCGCUCCGCAUUGGUGUGGUUUGGAGUAAUAUUCAUACGACACGGGCUGUAUCAGGAUGGCGUAUUCAAGUUUACGGUGUAUAUUCCUGAUAACUAUCCAGAUGGCGACUGUCCACGCCUGCUGUUUGAUAUUCCCGUCUUUCACCCGCUGGUUGACCCCACCUCAGGUGAACUGGAUGUGAAGAGGGCAUUUGCAAAGUGGAGGCGGAACCAUAAUCAUAUAUGGCAGGUCUUAAUGUACGCAAGGAGAGUCUUCUACAAGAUCGACACGACAAGCCCUCUAAACCCAGAGGCUGCAGUACUGUAUGAAAAAGACAUUCAGCUUUUUAAAAGUAAAGUGGUCGACAGUGUUAACAUAUGUACUGCUCGUUUAUUUGACCAGCCGAAAAUAGAAGACCCCUAUGCAAUCAGUUUUUCUCCAUGGAACCCUUCUGUCCAUGAUGAGGCCAGAGAGAAGAUGUUGACUCAGAAAACUUAAGCUUUACUUUCAGCCCUGACAGAAAACACGGUUACCUGGCUCCGGGCCUGUGGCUGAGUCCUGUAACAACGCAUGAUAUUCUGGAAGGAUUUGUCUUCUUUUGUGACCUACAAACAGGAGAAUACUUAGAAAGAUCCACAUCAGGCAUGACAGUGAGCAGCUCAGUGAUCCUAUUGCCAGUAUAUUCAGAGACUCUGUAGAGCAAAUGAACAGCCAUCCAUUCAUGAAAACCUGAAGUUUAGUGUGGAGCUUGGUAAGGAACCACAGCCUGGUACAGAAAAAUACAGUAACUAAAAUGAGAAGUUGACUAGAAGUGGAAGUUGAUAGAUCUGAAGUGGAAAAGAAAAAAAAAUCAACAAACUUGCCUAAGGAGUAUAUUGUCUGAAGAAGAGAAAAAAAGAUACACAGCCCCAGAAAACUGUUGGACAUGAGGAAGCACAUCAGCUUUCAUGGAACAAGAGUGUCAGAAGAAGAUAGAGGCAGAGAAGCAAGAAAAGAUGUUCAAAGAAACAAAGACUAAGCUGAGCAUCAUGAUAGGCAGGGGCAGGAGGAUCCAGAGUUUCAGGCUAGCCUGGGCUACAUAGCAAGACACCGGGGUAAAGAAAGACUGAUAGCACCCAAGUUUACGUUAAAACGUUAAUGUACACAUUCAGGAAGCUCAUCAGACAGCAGACUGAAUAAGAGAUCCACACCAGGGUUAUCAGUAAAAAUGUGUAAAGCUAUAGAAAGCAUCGAGAAAACCAGUUUUCCUUUACAGGGAAAGUCAAAUAAGGUAGGAGCUGACUUCUCAUCAGAAACUAUAUAAGUGGAACAACAGAUUCAGAAAGGUCAAAAAGAAAAGCCUCCUGUAUAGUGCAGAGCAUUCUUUCAGAAGUGAGUAAACACUUAGAGUAAACCCUCAUAGAAAGGCCAUAGAAACAAGUGAUACAAAUACACAUGAAAAGGGCACUUGUAAAGCAUUACCAUAUUGCAAAGACAGGGUAAAUGCAUAUU